AUGGGUGUUUCUAUGAGAGAUUUGGAUCCAGCUCUCAAAGGAGCUGGACAAAAAGAUGGACUUGAAAUAUGGCGGAUUGAGAAUUUUAAUCCAGUUCCUAUCCCACAGUCUUCUUAUGGGAAGUUUUUUAAUGGAGACUCGUAUAUCGUCUUGAAGACAACGACAUCAAAAAGUGGUGCUCUACGCCAUGAUAUUCAUUAUUGGCUUGGUAAAGACACUAGUCAAGAUGAAGCUGGUGCUGCAGCCAUCAAGACAGUUGAGUUGGAUGCAGUUCUAGGAGGACGUGCUGUUCAGUAUCGUGAAGUGCAGGGUCAUGAAACACAGAAGUUCCUGUCAUAUUUCAAACCAUGCAUUAUACCACAAGAAGGUGGAGCUGCCUCUGGUUUUAAGCAUGUUGAAGCUGAAGAACAUCAGACGCGGUUGUUUGUAUGUAAAGGGAAACAUGUUGUGAAUGUCAAAGAGGUUCCUUUUGCUCGAUCUUCGCUCAACCAUGAUGAUAUUUUUAUUCUGGAUACCGAGUCAAAAAUCUUCCAAUUUAAUGGUGCCAAUUCAUGUAUUCAAGAAAGGGCUAAAGCAUUGGAAGUUGUUCAAUUUAUCAAGGAUACCUACCAUGAUGGGAAAUGUGAAGUGGCUUCUAUUGAGGAUGGAAGGUUGAUGGCUGACUCUGAAUCUGGAGAGUUCUGGGGUUUGUUUGGUGGAUUUGCUCCUCUUCCACGUAAAACAUUCAGUGAUGAUGAUAAGACAAUUGAUUCUCAUGAUCCAAAGUUGCUUUGUGUUGAAAAGGGGAAGGCAGAGCCUAUUGAAACUGAUUCUUUGACAAAGGAAUUGCUGGACACCAAUAAAUGCUAUAUUAUAGAUUGUGGAUUAGAGGUGUAUGUUUGGAUGGGAAGAAGCACCUCUCUUGAUGAUAGGAAAAGCGCAAGUGGAGCUACAGAUGAACUAGUCCGUAGCACCGACCGGCCAAAAUCCCAGAUAACACGUGUAAUUGAAGGAUUUGAAACAGUGAUGUUCAAGUCGAAAUUCGAGUCUUGGACUGAGACAUCUAAUGUAACAAUGUCUGAAGAUGGUCGUGGCAAGGUAGCAGCACUUCUUAAACGUCAAGGAUUGGAUGUCAAGGGCCUCUUGAAAGCUGAUCCAGUAAAAGAAGAACCUCAAGCCUUCAUCGAUUGCACAGGGCAUUUACAGGUUUGGCGUGUGAAUGGUCAAGAAAAAAAGCUUCUUGCAGCCGCUGACCAGUCAAAAUUUUAUAGUGGAGACUGCUUCAUCUUUCAGUAUUCAUAUCCUGGGGAAGAUAGGGAGGAAUAUCUUAUAGGAACAUGGAUUGGAAAGGACAGUGUUGAGGAAGAAAGAGCCUCAGCUCAUACGCUAGCAAGCAAAAUGGUCGAGUCAAUGAAGUUUCUGCCAUCCAUGGCUCGUAUUUAUGAAGGCAGUGAAACAAUUCAAUUUAAUUCCAUUCUCCAAAGUUUUAUUGUUUUUAAGGGCGGACUUGGUGAUGCAUACAAGAAUUACAUCGCCGAGAAGGAAAUUCCAGAUGAGACAUACAGGGAGGACGGUGUUGCAUUAUUCCGCAUCCAAGGCUCUGGACCAGACAAUAUGCAAGCAAUACAAGUUGACCCAGUUGCUUCCUCCUUGAAUUCCUCUUAUUUCUACAUACUUCAUAGUGAAUCCGUUGUUUUUACUUGGUCUGGAAAUCUUACUACUUCAGAUGACCACGAACUCGUUGAGAGAAUGCUGGAUUUAAUAAAGCCGGAUGUACAAGGCAAACCACAAAAGGAGGGAGCAGAGUCUGAACAGUUUUGGGAACUAUUAGGAGGAAAGACAGAAUAUCCCAGUCAAAAGAUUGUGAGGGAAGCUGAAAAUGAUCCUCACCUAUUUUCAUGCAAUUUCUCACAAGGUAAGGACCAAUUUCUUGUUAGCUCGGUGAUGGAGAUACACAACUUUUCCCAGGAUGAUUUGAUGACAGAAGAUAUUUUCAUUUUGGACUGUCACUCUGAAAUCUUUGUGUGGGUUGGCCAGCAGGUUGAGCCCAAAAGUAGAAUGCAGGCUAUACCAAUUGGUGAGAAAUUCCUUGAGCGAGAUUUUCUUUUAGAAAAAAUAUCUCGAUAUACUCCAAUAUAUUUCGUCAUGGAAGGCAGUGAGCCGUCUUUCUUCACACGCUUCUUUAAAUGGGAUUCUGCAAAAUCUUCAAUGCUGGGGAAUUCAUUUCAAAGGAAGCUUGCAAUCAUGAAAAAUGGUGGUACUCCACCUUUGGUUAAACCCAAAAGAAGAGCAUCUGUAUCUUAUGGGGGAAGGUCUGGUGGCUUGCCAGAGAAAUCACAACGCUCCCGCAGUAUGUCUGUUAGUCCUGACCGGGCUCGUGUGCGAGGAAGAUCUCCGGCCUUCAGUGCCUUGGCAGCUACUUUCGAGACCUCAAAUGUUAGAAACCUUUCAACUCCACCUCCAAUGAUUAGAAAACUGUACCCUAAAUCUAAGACACAAGAUUCAGCAUCACCAGCAAUUAAAUCUUCAUCCAUAUCUCACAUUACUUCUGCUUUUGAACGACCAUCAGCACGAGAAAGUUUGUUUCCUCGGUCGCUUAAAGGUACCCGUAAAUCGGACCCAGAGACAAAUAGUGACAACGAGAAUUCUACGAGCAGCAGAGAAGAACCUCCUACUAUACAGGAAGAUGUGAACGAAGGUGAAGGUGAAGGUGAAGAUAAUGAAUGUCUUCCAGUAUACCCAUAUGAAAGUGUUAACACAGCCUCAACCGAUCCUAUACCAGACAUUGACGUGACUAAACGAGAGGCUUACCUGUCAAACGACGAGUUCAAAGAGAAACUGGGGAUGGCCAGGAGCGAAUUUUACAAGAUGCCAAAAUGGAAACAGAACAAAGUCAAAAUGGCUGUUCAGUUGUUCUGA